AUGGCUUCGUCGAAAAAACCUCUUAAAUUUGAACCUGAAGUCGUGGUUUUUAGAGAUCCAGCAAAACGAAAAUUAGAAUCAACAAAGAAACCAUUUAAGAAGAAUGAGAAAUUCCAGAAACAGAAUAAAAGUUCUGCAAAAGGCAAAAACAACAAACCAGAUUUUAGUUUUUCAAAAGCAAAAUUUGAGGUUCAGAAAUUGUCCUUGGGUGCUUAUAAAGGAGCAGAAAAACGCCAGGCAAUGAUUUCUUAUCUUGUUGAACUUGGAGCUCAGCCCCCAAAAGUGAAACGUUGUGAGAAUUACAAAUUAUUAACAGCAAGAAAAAGAACAGAGAAAGAAAAGAAAGAAAAAGACAAAAGAAAUGAAAACAUUAACAGAGAGGAGCAAUUGAAGAAGCUGAUCACCAAAGCUGAUCAUUCGAUAAAACAAUACAACAAAAUCUUGAGAAAGAAAAAGAAACGCAACAAACAAAAAAAGCAAAAACAUUAA